AUGCCAGUUCGAAACCAUUUUGUGUCUAAAGGCUGCUUUGGUCGCGUGGAUUCUUUGCUGGCCUACAUGCCUCCGAAAGAACUUCAAGAAUUAUUCAUUGUAUUCAUUACCGCUCAGGUUGCUAGCAUUAUCGUGUUCAUUAUCUAUCGAUGCAUGAAACGUCAACAAUUGAUGAUGUACUUGAAGAAAAGUGACCUGGAAAAUCACUACAUGCCUUCAGCUGCACUGACACUCAGACCGCGUAGAGGCGAUAUUCCAUGA